AUGGAGACGGCGCGUCAUAAGCGGUUCCAUGCUCAACGGAAGCUACACUACUUGCGUCACGAACUGCUGGUCGAUCUAGGCUUCUCAAACUGGCAUACACUCGAGUUCUGGCGACUCGUUGCUAUGCUAAUGUUCGCGUGUUGGAUACGUUUAUACGUUCACUACGUCACCCAGUGGCUCUUUCUACGGGGCAACCGUAUCCCCGUUUACGACUUCCAGCCGCGAUGGACGACGUGCAUUGUAAAGUAUACGUGGCAAACCGUGGCUACCCACACGGAGAUCGGUCUGCUUUCGUUGGGAGUUCUAGGCAACACGAUGAUGUUCGGCUUCCUCUCCGGUUCUGCUGCUCUUGGUCAACGCUAUGUGGGCGAUCUGCCGUCGUUCGGGUCUAACUUCGUUGUUUGUGCCGGAAUUGCAACCGUGCUAGACCCAUUUCUCAUACUUUUUGUCGAUGUGCUGUCACACCACUACGGAUGUUCACAACUGAGCGAAUGCUCUGUGUCACUGACAGCAUCCGGGUGCUCCUGUGUCAACGGUGACUGGUUCAAGCUAUAUGUGCGGUUCCAGGCGCAAGAGGGUAGUGGGUUGGUGGGCAUCUUUAUAGUCCUCAUCUUGUACCUGGCGCUUACGUGUUUAUCUCUCUUGGCACUCUACGUCUAUCUGCUGUACGUUCACAUGAACGGCCGAAUGCUCGACGUGUACCGACGAGUGCAUGGUCACGAAGAUGCCUUCUUCGUUCCACACGACGCUGAAAUAUCUCUCCAGGAGUUGCAGACGAUCUGUGCUCAGGUCACACGCUGGAAAGGCCCACGUGGCACACAGCGAAAGGUAUUUGUCCAUGAAUACGCGUUGUCUGAUCCGCUUGAUCCACUGUUCCGCGAAACAAACACUCACGUGGCUGUGUACAAUGUGGAGUUUGACGGUACUCGAGAACUACAUCGUCACUUUCUCAAAAUGCCCGAUGGAGCUGUGUUGGAGCUGUUCGGUGAGCUUGGAGCGAACACCGAUGGUAACUGGAAGAGUGACGCCCCUCAGGGCGCUGCCUCACUUGCGCUGCUAUACAACAUUCUCCAAGAUGUGCAGCGGGGUGAUACCUCGGCUUCAAUGUCCAGCGCUAGUGUUUUCGAUGGCCUGUAA